AAAGCUGUCUGUCCUUCAGAGGAUUUCAGACAGUCUAAAUAAUGUCUGUGUCUAUAUAAUGUGUGUUUCUCCAGGAGAGCAUCGUGUGGUGUGUCCGACUCUGGUCGAGGCAGUAGAAGGUGAUGCUGUUACUCUGGGGGGUUCUCUGAGUCCUCCGCUCAACUUGACUCCUUACACGCUGGAUCUGAAGAGACUUGACCUCCGUGACGAUGUGGUCCACGUCUACCGACAUGGACAGGACCAUUUCCCUCCACAGAGUCAUCACUACAGAGGCAGAACAACUCUGAUCCAUGAAGACCUGAUCGGAGGAACCGUGACGCUGCACAUCUCCUCAGUAAAUCUGUCUGACUCUGGACCGUACCAAGUCUACGUCCCAGACCUGAAAGCCCGCUGUGAAUUUUACCUCACUGUUGAAAGAAAAGCGAACGGGACAAAGAGAAAUGAUUUCAGCACAUCUGGACCUCCAGUGGGAGAAGAGACCGAGUCAGAGCAUCGGGGGGAUGGUGAGAACAGGAAGACUGCCCGUGCUGUUAUCCUUCCCUCUCUUCUCCUCCUCGGGACUCUCCUGGUUCUGGUUCUGGUUCUGAUGAGAGGAGAGAUCAAGAGUUGCAUCGAGAGGCUCAGAGGAAGGAAGGAGCAAGAACCAGAGAACUCCCUGAACCUGAAUGUGGAAGCAACCGAAGACCAAGAGAGAUCUGCAGGAAAUGUCGUCUUAUUGUAGGAAACCUCGUCUGAGAGCUUUAGUGAAGGUCGGCCAUCAAACGAUCCCACUGCCUUCACCAGUUGUAGCAGCCCUUGGAUCCAAAAAGAGAGUCUCGACUGAUGCGUAAGGUGUCUUUUAUUUAGUUUGCCAGACCAGCAUGACGUUCAACAUUCGUUUCAUCCAUCGUCACCUUAGCACCGUGAAAACUGUAUUGACAAUUGUUUUCACGGAUACAACUUCAUCACGUGAACAAACAUUUAGGUGUUUUAGGACAAACAUGAAUUACACCACAAAAUAGACCAUACAUACAAGAAAACAAGUUCUGAAUUACUAUGAAGGAGAAUGAAAGCACAUCGGACCUCGCUGGGCUCACCAAGGAAUGCAAAACAAUACACGACAGUCCUUUUCUUCUGUCAUGAAACGGGCAUCAAGUUCAUAAAUAAAAUCCUGUAGGCACAAUCACAGCUGCGUACCAUUCUCACCCGCCAGCUACCUUUCAAAGCUCAUCUGCCCUUGUGCAAAAAACUACGGUGUCACCAAAGGGACACAUUUCAACAUUAUGGGUGCACAGAAUUUCCGGUC